AUGUCCUUUGUUCAUCUUGGCAGGAGUGGCCUCAUUGUCUUGAAAUUUUUUCAGAGUCACCGCUCGUAUCACAAGACCAUUGGCUAUCGGUACCGUCCUUCUCAGCGGCCGGGUGAUCACAGACAGUCGCGUGUGGCGGGAAGGUUGGUGGCAGAAACGGCACGUGUGCCAUUGAAAAGCAGCAGCUCAGCGGGCAGGGGAUCCGAUGACAACAAUUCAUUUGCUCGUGGUACCAGUACGAGAGACGGUCACGAGGGAGGUUACUCUGUGGCGGGGCCAUCUUCACCACAGGCGUAUUUGUACCGCUUGCGGCAUGGUCGAUUUGACGAUCUUAUAGUUCUUUUAUCUGCGCCGUACGCGGUAUCACCUUUACGAAUUUUGACGGAUGUACUUCGGGAGGUGCUGCAGCUGAGGCUACGUUUAACUUUGGGAGUGUGUGGGGGAAUUGAAGAUUCCGCGGAUCGGGUUGAUGCAUGGGAAUCCCUCCAGCGUAUGGCGAAUGCUCUUUCGGACCCACUUGCUGUUCGAAGUGUGCUUUCAGGAGCGAUUCAUGCGGUAAAGGAGGCGACGGAGGCGGCAUCUGAAGUGGGAGAUCGGAUUAGCGAGCGUGAACUUCAAAGAGAAUUAGGCGACAUAGAAUCCUUUUGUUCUCAAUUGCGGCAGUGGAAUGCUGAAAUGAAAAAAAAUCUUACAUUUAUUGCUCAGACUGCUGACGAUGCCAGGUAUUCUCAUUUGUUGGAUUGGGAUCUGUCAAAUGUUGUCAUGGCAGAGAUUUGGCAUGGCCUGCUUGAGCUAUGCAGUUUGACGGGGGCUUUUUAUGUUGCUGUGGAGUCCCUCAACCAUCUCAUUGAAUUGAGCGAACGGGUGGAGUGUAUUGAUGCAAAAAAGAAAGGUGACAAGGCGUUGUGGCAUGGAAGGAAUGAUAAGGACAAGGAUGAACACGAGGAAGCAGAGGAAGAACACCAGCAAUCCGCUUUUACGCUAGAUAAUGUGGUGGAGGUAGUAGAGGACGAAGUACGAAAAAUUUUUCCACCAGUGCUGGCCAUUGAUCAUAUCCGAGCCAUGAGAAGCUGCGAGCUUGCCCGCAAUUUUGAUGUCGCUCACACUUUAUUUUCACGAUACAUACAGCACGCCAGGAGCGGUGUCUUUCCUCUUACAUCCAAAGACAUUGAAGCUGCUCUGAUUGCCCUCGCACGGUGCUGCAAUAAUACAGCCCAUUUUGCGAUGUUGCAGGAACUCUUUUUGGAGAGUGAGGCCAAUCAGGUGGUUGGUGUUUCGGUGGAGUUGUACACGGCCCUCAUUGAUGCUGUGAGCCGGGCGAAUGAAAAUCCACAAUGCAUGGCAAUAGCCCUUGCGCUUUAUCGUCGUUUGCGGGAUGGGGGUCUUGCGCCAACAGCCGAUACGUACGCCGGUUUAAUGGCUUGCUGCGCCGCCAAAAAAGACCCGAAGCAGGCAUUUGCCUUCUAUCACGAGGCAAGACACCAGUGUGGUGUCAACUGCCUCUCACCGAUGGUGUAUACCAAUUUAUUGUUGGCCUACGCCCAAGCUGGCUAUGGUGCGGACGCGCGGGCAACUCUGGAAGUGCUUGUUGAGGCUGGUGCUCCCCUUUCUAGAGGUGCGUUUCACGCCGUUUUAUCUGGUGACUUGACAGUACGGGAGGCAGAAGAAGUAAUUCUGCUAAUGCAGACGAAAUACAAUAUCUCAGCAACGCCGCAGACAUACGCCUAUCUUCAUAAGGCUGUAAUUAAACGACCUAAUGGCUCUUCCACUGUUCUCCAAAUGUUUGACUGGCAUGAGUUGGCCUUGAAGUCUCUCUUGAAAGUCAACGACACCGUUAAUCAUCAGAUGCCAAACAUAUUAGUUGAUGGACACUCAGGACAAGCGGCAAUAAGCACGAGUUCAAUUGUCACGCCAUUAGAAAAGGAUCUUUUAGCACGAUACCCAACAUAUGCAGAGGCUGUCGAGGGGGUUCUGGUACGGCUGCGCGUUGACCCCACGAUCGAUUCACGUCUUAAGUCGUAUUUGCGUCCACUACUUCGUGUGGCUCAGCUUCGUAUGAAUAGCUUUACUGGGAUGGCUCCACAGGUGCCUACACGAGUUCCAAAAGGGGCGGCGAUUGCUGUGCUAGCAGCGGACGUGCUUGCAAACCUGGAGGAAUGGUUUAUGCCAUUUGCCUCAUACUACUCCGCGGUAGUGAUUCCGUAUUCUUCUCUUGUGGCGUUGCGGAACGGCGGUGGACGGCGGGUGGAUGGGACCUUUGAAAAAGGCACACAGCAGUUGUUAAACGAUCCACUUUGGCGAGAAAUUGGCUCGGAGCAGCAACACAUGUUGGAGAGUCGGCGGCGCGUGUUGGUGAAAUUUCUUGAGACAUACCGUGACGUCAUUCAUUUGGUGUCACUGGAGGAGGAGUUGGCGCUGAGCCGUGACUGCGAUCGUUAUGGCAUCGCGGCGCGAAAAACAUUUGCCCGUUGUGCCGCCUUUGCGCUGAACCUGGCACGUUUGGACGUAGCCAAUGGAACGAAGGUAUACGCGGAGCAGACGUGCAACAUUGUUCUGGUCUCCUCAAGCUUUGAUGAGUGUGGGAGGUAUUUGGUCGACCUAAAGCGAGAGGUUCUACGCGGGAAAAAAGACAGUGACGGACUCCAAGGUUUGGCACAGGGGCUGCAACGGCUUUGUUAUCAUAAUCCUCGCACAAGCCCGCAGUGGCGGCCGCCUCAGGUCUCUGUCGCAUCUCUCAUCCACCCCGCCGUGAAUCAACAGUCAUACGAACAAAAUCCCUGA